CCGAGUUCAUGAUCCCAAGUGACGGUUGCUAAAACAAUUUAUGUAUAAAAAGGAACGAAAAUUUUGACCAACCAUGCAAUUCUCAGGCACUUCUCCAACCGAAUAGACACAAAAUGGUUCUUAAAAUUGCAGUUCUCGCCGCCGUCGUGGCCGCCGCAAAUGCCGUGGCUGUUGGUUAUCCAGCCGCCUAUCCUGCCCUGAGGUCAGCUCUUCCUUAUCCAGCCGUGGCCAAGGUCGCUGCACCCAUCGUUGGCCACUACGAUCCAAACCCUCAGUAUAGCUACAGCUAUGCCGUUGCCGAUGCCGUGACAGGUGAUAACAAGAGCCAGCAGGAAUCGCGAUCGGGAGAUGUCGUUACCGGUUCCUACUCUUUGAUCGAACCCGAUGGCACCCAGCGAGUGGUCGAGUACACGGCCGAUCCGGUUAAUGGAUUCAACGCCGUCGUCCAUCGUGGGGCAGUCGCCGCUAAGGUCGUUGCACCCGUCGCCAAAUACGCCGCCCCCUUGGGAUUCCACGCGGCGGCCCACCCACUGGCUCAUCCACUGAUCGGUUAAAGCUUUAACCUAGCAUUGCACCUAAUAUGUAAUAGAACUGUUGUUAUCCCUGAUUGAGUACGUCCAUAAAUAAAUCAAUUGAAAUCCAA